AUGCCUGAGGACGAGUACAACGACUAUGCCGCUCAGUACGACCCGCACUUCACCAUGCCCCAGUAUGUGGCGGACUUUCUCAGGGAGUUCCAAGACCUGAUUCAUCGAGAUGUCUACGUACAAGAGAAGGACGAGUACGGAGAGAUCAUCGGUUACAAGCCUGACCCUCUCGUCCGUGAGCAGAAGCUGAACAGCAUCCGUGAAUGCUACGAGGUCAGGUUCAGCAGCAUCUCGGACAGAUUCUACAAGCAGCAGCCCUGGCCCCACCCGAUCGAGCAAGUCGCUCCUCUGGUGGAGAAUGACGAUGUCUUCAUCAUGCUCUACAAGGAGCUUUACUUCCGUCACAUGUACGCGAGACUGGGACAGGCGAUCUCGAUUGAGCAG